CAAAGAUAAAUAUCUACCUGACAGAUCAACUCUUUCGGCACAGCACAGCACAGGACAUUGGACCAGUCUUCGUUUCUGUCUUCUCCUUCACUCUCCUCCCUGCUGUGAAUUCUUCUCUCCUUGUCUAGGUUUCGCGGAUUUCGAUCCUACCGCCGCUGAUCAGAUUGAUCAGUCAUGGAGAUGGAAGAUUUGUAUAUGGAUUUUGGAUAGAAUUUGUUUUUUUUUUUCCCCCUUUUCGUUUCUUCAAUUUUUAAUUUUUGGUCCCUGUUUCUUCUUCGCAAACUCAACAAGACUUUAUUUUAAUUUUUCGUUUGGCGUUCCUUCCACUGUACCGGGUGAAAAGGAAUAGUUGGUUCUGUGGGCUGCAAUGUCGAUCGCCAGUGUGGCUCUUAGCCCUGUAUACGAAGAUUGUUGGAAUUUCUCUGGUCAUGCUUUUGAUAAGAAUGGCGUGUGGUCGGACGAUUCCAUCUUGAUUUUUCUUACUGUUGGUGGCUCUGUGAUUCCUAUGCGAGUGCUAAAUUCUGAUUCUAUUGCUUGUGUAAAACUUAGAAUUCAAAAACACAAUGGCUUCUAUGUGAAGAGACAGAAACUUGUCUUUGAUGGGAAAGAAUUAGCUAGGAAUAAUUCUAGUGUUCAGGACUAUGGCGUGACUGAUGGAAAUGUGUUGCAUUUAGUUCUUAGGCUAUCUGAUCUCCAGGCCAUCACUGUUCGAACUGUGUGCGGGAAGGAGUUUGAGUUCCAUGUUGAUAGGAAAAGGAAUGUAGGAUAUGUGAAACAGCAAAUAGCUAAGAAAGGGAAAGGCUUUGUUGAUCUUAAGGAUCAGGAAUUGUUAUGUAACGGUGAGGAACUUGAAGAUCAGAGACUCAUAAGUGAUAUAUGUAAAAGUAAUGUUGCUGUUGUUCACUUUCUUGUGCGUCGAUCGGUGAAAGUUCGAGCCAAGCCUGUGGACAACGACUUUGAAGUCUCUAUUAUUGCUUCAGAGUUUGAUGACAAUAGGACGGCUGAUGCUGUAGGUGAUAGAAAAACCGAGGAGGAUUUGCUGGCUGAGAAACUUCAGGCUGCAUUAAGUAAAUCUUUGGAGAAAGAAUUUAUUCUAGAACCAGUUGUAGUUAAUCCUAAUACUGAAUUGUCAACAGUUAUUAAUCAACUUCUUAAUGAAACUUACAAUGGACUGGAGCAAGGCAUCCCCCCAGUUAGAUCGAGUGAGGGUGCAGGUGGUGCUUAUCUGAUGCAAGAUUCAUCUGGUCAGAAGUAUGUCUCUGUCUUUAAGCCAAUUGACGAGGAGCCUAUGGCUGUGAACAAUCCUCGAGGGCUACCCUUGUCAGCCAAUGGUGAAGGCUUGAAAAAAGGGACACGAGUUGGCGAAGGGGCUUUAAGGGAAGUUGCUGCAUACAUCUUGGAUUCUCCAAAUGGUGAACAUAGUGGUUUUGCUGGUGUCCCCCCAACAGUAUUGGUCAAAUGCAGGCAUAAGGAAUUCAAUUAUCCCAAUGGAUAUGACCCAAAAACUGUUAAGAUUGGAUCCUUGCAAAUGUUCAUGGAGAACUGUGGAAGCUGUGAGGAUAUGGGACCUCGUCUUUUCCCAGUUGAUGAAGUUCACAAGAUAUCUGUGCUUGACAUUAGGUUGGCAAAUGCAGAUAGGCAUGCUGGUAACAUCCUGGUUCAUAAAAAUGUUGAGGAUGGUCAAGUCCGGCUCAUUCCAAUUGAUCAUGGUUACUGCUUGCCGGAAAAUGUAAGCAUGCGCUGUUGUUGCUCAAUUGCUCCUGUCAUUUUCCCUAUUACAAUUUAUGAGACUCGAAACUGUGAAACUUAAUUUUUCUUUCUUUGUUGUGCCCUGUAUGGUAUGAGCUCGUUUCGGUGAUGUUUCUUGUAAUACAUGUUGACUGGAAUGGUGCCUGUAAUCUGUCUGCAAGCAGGGAAUUUCCCCUUACAGACUGAUUGUCAAGUCGUAGCCAAUUAUGCUUACACAGAGAGAAUGUUUCAAUGUUCAGUAUUUUAUUACUCAACUCUGGACAAUUUGUAGCUGGGAAUAACACAAUGUAAUCAAGCCCUGAUGCUGAGAUUGUCAAAGAUAAUGAUGAUUGUUUAUACAUUUUGUUUCUUUGGUGUGGUUUUGAUGGCUGAUUUGUCUAUGGCUUCUCUUAUGUUUCUUCUGUCCUGUAGAAAUUUCCUUGCUUUUUUUUAGCUGUUUCUCAGAGUUGUUUUGUUGCAGUUUGAAGACUGCACCUUCGACUGGCUCUAUUGGCCUCAAGCACGCCAACCAUAUUCUGCAGAGACAACUGCUUACAUAAAGUCUCUUGAUGCUGAGAAAGAUAUCGAGCUACUGAAGUUUUAUGGAUGGAAUCUUCCCCAUAAAUGCGCGCAAGUUCUUCGCAUCUCAACUAUGCUGCUGAAGAAAGGUGCAGAGAGGGGGCUUAGUCCAUUUGCUAUUGGAAGCAUCAUGUGCAGAGAGACGUUGAAGAAGGAAGCAGUCAUUGAGCAAAUCGUUCGAGAAGCACAGGAAGCCGUGCUUCCUGGAAGUAGUGAAGCAGCAUUUAUGGAGGCGGUAUCAGCGAUCAUGGAUGGUUAUCUUGAUAAACUGUCAGCAAAUUCCAUCAAGUAAAUCUGUAGAAAUAGAGUAUGUGCAUUGCAAAUCGUGUCUAGCUGGUAUCGAACAGUUCCCUCAUCUUGCCACUUUAUCCAUCUUGUAAAUUUUGUCCGUGACAGUAUUGUUACCGUCGUCCUCCAUCCCUUGCCCAUAUGGCUGUUAAAUAUCCGAAACCAAAGUGUUGGGUGACAAUAUCCUGAUCUAGUUAUUUCAAACAAACAACUAUCCCCUGAAUCUUCAUUUCUGUCAUUUGGUAUUCUGUUUUUAUCCCUUUUGGUUUCUAAUUUCCACAAGGAAAUAAGAUAAACAGUGCCUUAAAAAAAUAACAAGAUAAGCAAUAACAGAAAACAUUUUUGAGCAUACAGAAAGUACAUCACUAGUUCACUAUGAAUAACAAAAGUGCCAUAUGCUGAUUCUUUGUCGGUUUUCUUGUUAAAUUUACUACACUAAAAGUAUGGUUCCUCUCAGAACAGUCCCUUCCAUUAGUUGUUCUGAUGCAUUUACUCCUUUUUCCUUUCGAACAGCAUGCCACCGAUGCAAAUUUCCCACCACUCGGACAAAAUUAGCUACUAUAGCAUUUUUAAAUACUGUGAAGAAUCCAAUGUCACCGACAAGACGCGGGACUCUUAUUACUUUUGAACAAUGGAUUACUGUUGAUUGGUAUCCAAGUUUGAUCAGACAACUGAUUGGUAUUGAUCGAUACAGAAAUAAAGUUAGACAAGUGACGAAUGAAAAAAAAACACGAGUAUUCCAGCAUGAAGCAGAAGAUCUGAAUUACCACAUGAAAAAGGUAAGAAUUUGAUUUUUAAAAAAAACACUUGGAUACUAGUACUAACGACAGUUGAUAAAAUACUUUAGAAGCUAUACCUAUACCUUAAUCACCAGUAAAUUGGCCACUGGUGAACUCAAAGAGCUGUUAAACUGAACGUAUACCCCUAUGGAUCUCUGAUCUUUACUUAGAGUCACGUACAGAGCUUCGGUUUUAAGCAGUAACAUUUAUUGAAUUAUUAUGUAAAACAAAAAAUAGACAACAACUAUAUGUACCAUCCAAAUUAACAGGACAUAUAUUCAACCUCCUUUCUUCUGAUUAACAAUUUGGAGUUGAGAACAUCCUUUCCACCUUUUCAGGUCGAUAGUCCAGCCAUGAAAGCAACGCCAGUGGAAGGCAGCCACGACGAUCCAUAGAUAAACUGACCAACGGUGAACUUGCUGGCAUCUGCAGCGGUGGUCAAGAUAUGAUAGCCCGGCCAUUUAACCCGCUGUCCCAGGGCCGCCCCGGGUCCAUAAUUCAUGUACUCAGCAUAGUACAAUGUAUCAAGUGCAAAUGUUGCAUUCCAUUCCAGCCAUCCCCUUGGGUGAACAUGAUCCCCAAUGUUUGAUAACAUCACAACCGUUCUUGAAUACAACUUCCACGGGCGGCCUAGAUACGUUUGGAAGCUGCCUUUUGAUGCUUCAAGAUCAGAUGUUGCCAAAAACCUGCAGGCAUGGAUUGAGAUUCCGGUGUUUUGAUUCGGGUCUUUUCUGUUUUGGGCUGUCACAGUGUUUUUCUGUGAGGGCAUUGGUUUUCGGGCGUAUAAGCUGCAGUUCUGGAAAACAACUGCAGCAUUGCCAAAUAUGAAAUCUACGGUUCCAUAAACGUCGCAUUCCCUGUAGAAUUGACGCUGCGAGUGUACAUAUAAGGUGUCUUGGUAUCCAAUUAUGCUGCAACGGUACACCACGGCGUGAUCAGCGCCAACUCGAAGAGCAACGGCUUGAUGUUUACCAGGGCCCGCCCAGUUUUCAAAUGUGAUGUCCCUGGCAAUGAAGCCAGCACCUGUAGCCGCUGCAUUUCAAAAACAAACAUAAAAAAUGCUGAUUUAGUCCAAAAAAAUAUAAGAAUGUCCAAUAGAAUUCGAAGGACUACUUAAUUUAAAGAAGUCAGUGAUUAAUUAGCAUCCGCGUAACAGAGUAUGUAAGGGGGAUCAAAGUUAUACGAAGCAUCUUAUCAUAAAAUUUUACGCUGACUGUCAACUUAACGCGACGUUGUUUUCCUUAUGGUAGUAGACAACAAUACAAAUCGUUGUACUAGACAAGAGUUGCAUCUAGCUAGCAUUGAUAUAAUGACAGGAAAAACUGAACAAACGAGGAAGUUUCUCACGCUCAAUAAUGCAAAAAGCCCCAUGUAGGCAAGCAAGUUGAGGAUGUAUAAGUAUCACAUUCAUAACCAAGGGAUGGAGAUUAGAGAAAGCCCCACUUACAUUUCCUUUUUAAUUGAGGCCACCAAACUUAGUAGUAGAGGGUCACAUCACUAAUUCACUAUCCUUACAUUCUAGUGCAGAGGUGGUGGGUGAUCACAAUUUAAGAACCCAAAGGUGGAGGACUAAAAUACAAGAAUCAAAAGACAGGGUGUGCUAUGUUGGAAGUUAAUGCAAAUAUGUGUUCUGUGCUUCCUCAAUCAAGAAAAAAAAAAUCAAGAGGAGUCAGAAUUAAGUGCAUCACUUUAGUGACACGGCAUAACUCACUUUAUAACAGUUUUAAUGCAACGAAGUAAAUUCCCAAAAAUAUGAAUGAGCCUACCCAUGAAAUUCCUUUUUCCCUUCAUUUUGCCAAAACGAGAAUAUCUUCCCCUUUUUGAGUUAAUUAUGAACAUUUACUAGCAAGAAUUGGUUCAAUCAAUCUUGUAUGUACUUUACAUCAGUUAACUUUUCACAGUUAAGACGCGUUAGUACUCCAUUCACAAAUCAUAUAGAAUUUGCAAAUCUAAGGCCUAACCUUUUUAUUCUUUCCAGAAAAGGCAACCAAAUUAAAGGCAAAAAGAAAAAAAAAACAGGAAAGAAUGGAAAUGCAACAGUGACAAAUCUAGCCUCCUGUUAACUUUUAGUGAAAACUGAAAAGGUAAUCAUGCCGAUGGGAGGAAAACUGUUAAUUAGAUAGUCUCGUAACUUAAUUAAGUAGUACUUCCUCCGUCCCACAAAAACAGCCCACAUUGAGUUAUGAGUUUUGUAUUAUUUUUAGUAUAAAUUUGAAAACUCAAUGUGGACUAUUUUUUUGGGACGGAGGUAGUACUAUAAACUAACAGAUUGACAAGCAUAAAGUGAUUGUUAU